AUGCAUUUAUAUUAAUCAAUAUUAAGUAGAAUGCAUUUCAUUCAUUUAAUAUUAGAUUUAUCUAAAAUAUACUGUUUGAUACUUAUCAUGCUUUUAAGCAUUAAAUUUUAUUACUAAUAAUAUAAUAUUUGAUCAUAGAGUUCCUUUUGUAAUUUAUUAAGGAUCAAUAUACAUCUACCUCAAAUUAGAUGUCUAUUCGAUUAUUAAACUCCUUAGCAAUUUCAAAAGUCUGAUAUAAAUUUUUGGAAUUAUAGUUUAUAUUUGGUAUCUUGAAUACUUUAUUGUAUUUUGGGCUGCUCCUUGGAAAAGUCUAAUGCUUCCUUAGAUUAAAAAUAAUUUUAAUCAAAUUUUGUUGACUAAUUUUUAACUCACUGUUGGAUAAUAUUGGAAAGAACUUAUACUCAAUUUAAAUAUAAUUGAUCAUUAAUUAAAUCGGUAAUCCUCAAGUCAUCAUUAACUAUCCAGAUUAUCUUUAAAAUUAUGUUACUAAAGGGAAUAAUGA